GAUGACCCUCAGAAGAAAGCAGUUUCUGACUACCUGGGCCAUUCUGGCACAACAGCUGACAGACAUUACAGGAUGAAAUCUCUUGAAUCCAUUGUGAUAGCUGCUGGUCUGCUGAAGAAAUUACAGAAGCAGAAGAAGUCAAGUGCUGGGCCUUCCGGAGAAGGGACCCGUCAAGAGGCUCUUGGAGAAGGGACCAGCCCUCAGUCAGUGGAGUCUUCCAGCCAUGGUGACCAUUGUGCUCUCCCUCAGCCUUCUUUGAGACAGCUAGUGAUCGAUUUAGAGAGGAUUCCUGAGGGAAAUGACAAAGUCAAAUUCCACGAGGCAUUCAAGUCCCUCUUGGAAAACCACCCUGUGACACUGAGUGGUCAAAUCCCAAAAGUGAGAAUCCGCAGGGACACCUCGGAGGCCAAUCAGCGGAAGCUUUACACACACUGGGCGCAAAAGCAAUUAGAAAUGCGUGUAAAACACACCCGUGAACAAUUCAAUCGGAGGAGGCCAACGAAAGAGCGUGUCGACACAUGGGUCAAAAAGCAGGGAUGGAAGUGCAAGGCUGCCAACAUCAGCACUGAGGUUGUGGAGAACUGGGCACCAUCUGGAUCUGAGGACCGCAUCAUGGACAACAAACGGAUCCAGACAUUGGUGAAAACACAAGACUGGAAAGGACUACACAUCACACAGUUUGAAGAGAAGGGCGAUGGGAUCAUUACAACCCGCACUUUUAAGAAAGGCCAGGUUGUAUGUGAUUAUCAUGGGCCUGUUGUUAGUGGAAAGGAGGGCGAGAACGUACACAAAAACACAACUGGAAAGGAGACUGGAUAUAUCUUCUUUUUCCGGAACAGUAAAGGACAGCCAAUGUGCAUUGAUGCCCACUCAGACAGGUGUCAUUGCCACCCUGACAAGAGAACAUUUGGCAGGCUGGUGAAUCAUUCCAAAAAGAACUCGAACAUCAAGCCCCUGCACUGUGUGGUGGACAAGCAUGGAGAAAUGAAGGAUGUGAUCCUUUUCAUUGCAACCAAGGACUUGCCAGUGGGUGAGGAAGUUCUGUUUGACUAUUGAGUCAACAAAAAAUCUUUUAACAAUGAGGGGUCGGACCUUGACUGGCUCUAGCAGGGCAUCAGCCUUCAGAGACACAUAUGACAUGUCCCUGGUUGGUGAAAUGUUUCAUCUGUGUGUUUGUUUGUGCUGAUGGCUCUUUAAAGGAUAUGGAUGAGGACUCCAAAAUCGUACCAUGACCCGUUUGGUGAGAUGUUUCAUAUGUUUUUUAGUGGAUCAAUUCUUGGCAUGUAUGGAUAAACUUUCUGAUUAUGAUGCGUGGCCUUUGACCUUUGGGGGGUGGUGGGGCGGCGGGUGACUCCUAAAGCUUACAGGGCAUCUGCCUUCAGAGACACAUAUGACAUGUCCCUGUUUGGUGAAAUGUUUCAUCUGUGUGUUUGUUUGUGCUGAUGGCUCUUUAAAGGAUAGGGAUGAGGACUCCAAAAGCGGGAAAUGACCCAUUUUGGUGAAAUGUUUCAUAUGUGUUUUUUAGUGCUGAUUUUUGUUUUUGUUGUGUAGCUGUUUUGCAACUUGUUCUAGCUUGUGUAACUUAAAUUGAGGUUCUGUGGUGAUAUCCUGUUUCGUAUCUUUAGAGAUAUAUCAAUUAAAAAUCUUAUUAAUUCUA